GAAAGCUGCGAAAGCGCGGCGGCAGCGCCCCACAGCAGUAGAGGGCGCUGUGAGCUUCCCUACUGCAGCAGCUGUAGUAACUCACAAACAACACAGACAGACAGACAUAAGCGACGGGACAGCAAACACAACAUAUUUCUCCUUUGAUACUGCUGCACAAAACAGUUACGCUGGAAUUUUCGGAGACCGACUCGGACAUGUCAUAUGUCUUCAUCAAUGACUCGUCGCAGACCAGUGUACCGUUACUGCAGGCUUGUAUCGAUGGGGACUUGAGUUUCGCUAGGCGUCUGCUCGAGACCGGCUGCGACCCCAACAUCCGUGAUCACAGGGGCCGCACGGGUCUGCAUCUGGCAGCGGCACGAGGUAAUGUGGACAUCUGCCGCUUCCUGCACAAGUUCGGCGCAGACCUCCUGGCCACCGACUAUCAGGGCAACACUGCACUGCACCUGUGUGGACAUGUGGACACGAUUCAGUUCCUGGUGUCCAAUGGUCUCAAAAUUGAUAUUUGUAACCACAAUGGGUCGACCCCACUGGUCCUGGCUAAGAGGAGAGGGGUAAAUAAAGAUGCCAUUCGGCUGCUGGAAGGGCUGGAAGAGCAAGAGGUCAAGGGCUUCAACAGAGGAGCCCACUCCAAACUAGAAGCCAUGCAGAUGGCUGAGAGCGAGAGUGCGAUGGAGAGCCAUUCGCUGCUCAAUCCAAACCUGCAGAACAGCGAGGGUGUGCUGUCCAGCUUUCGCUCUACCUGGCAGGAGUUUGUGGAGGACUUGGGCUUCUGGAGGGUCCUGCUGCUGCUGGUGGUCAUCGCCCUUCUUUCUCUGGGCAUUGCUUAUUAUGUUAGUGGCGUACUGCCCUUUUCUGCGAGUCAGCUGGAGUUGGUCCACUGAGGGCCAGAUUGUGUUAUAUCCCGGGACCUGACCAGUCAAGCUUUGAAGUAAAGGGAGGUUUGAGUGGACUCUGAAGGUACACUGAAGGUUCCUCAUAGUACAAGAUUAGGUCUAAUGUGAAGUUUAGAAACGAUCUUGUCAUUCUCACAGGUGAGGUCGAGUGGAGGCGUUCACUUGAUGAUGGCUGCGCUAUGAAGGAAGACUGAAAGGUAAAGGUUCAGGUAUUUAUGGGGGAAAAUGUUAGAAGUUUCUCAAAUACACCCCAAGCGAUGUAAACCCAUUUCUCACAGAUUUUCCCAUGAUCACUGAACACGACCAGUUGGUUGAACAGUAGACGUAUACACUUGUAAUAUCUCAAUGGUGAUGUAAACAACAUUAAAUUGCUGUUGUAGGUUAGAUCAGGCAUGAUGUUUACAUCCUAGUAUUUGCUUAUUUUCCUUUUCCAUCACCUUUAUUUUUGUCUGUAUAUAUUUAAGUCUUUGUUGUGGAAGUAUGACAAUAGACCAAACACUACAUACAUAUGCCUAUUUACAUAUCUAUGAUUCAUUCGUUUGAUUUACAUUGUUACAUAGAAUAUUGUUUUAAAGUAAUGGUCUGUAAAAUGUUACAUAAACCAAUAAAUGGCCAUCAGGAAUUUCUUGUUUGUGCACUGAUGACAGUUUAAUAUUCUUAAUAUUAAAAUGUCAUCUGAUGUUUAAGAUAUUAAAUUCUUAAUAUUCAGUUUAAUACAGUUUAAUAUUCUGUUCUGUUUAUGUACAGAUUAUCCUAUAUAUUAACAAUGGUCUUUCUGUUUGUUCAAAAUAAACAGAAAUGCUUUUUUUCCUCAUCAUAAAAUGCUUUAGCACCUUCAUUCAUUGUGUUGUUCUGAGAAACAUUUUGUACAAGAAUAAUUGUCAAGAUAAGAUAAUAUCUAUAAUAUAAUAUGUUAAGAUAAUAUGAAGCUAAAUAUCACCUAAAAUGAAUAAAGCAUAGUUAGAAAGCAAUAAGCAUUUCAUUAUGUCACAGGUGUGUGUUUAUGAAACAUGUCUAAGCCAGCAUAAUCAAGGACGGAACGAUCUGUUUUAUAAAUUGUUAUUGGGAAUUAAGCAAAUUUGUCCAAACAGCAUCUGUUAACGUUUUAAUUUUUGUUUUAAUACAAAUAAAAAUGAAUAUUUAUAAUUAA